AUGACAACAAGAAGAAAUGUCCCAGAGAAACUCAAAGAGAAAGACAACCAGCCACAUAAUUCAAAGGAAGUAAUUCAAAGACAGCAGCAAGGGGUAAAGAUCAUCACACCUCCACUACCAUACCCUCAGAGGUUCAACAAAGAAACCAAGGAUCAACACUUCCGCAAGUUCCUGGAAACUUUCAAGAAGCUGGAAAUCAACAUUCCCCUAGCUGAAGCAUUGGAACAGAUGCCCUUAUAUGCCAAAUUCUUGAAGGAACUCAUUAACAGGAAAAGAAGUUGGCUGGAGAAGGAAACUGUGCUUCUCACUGAAGAAUGUAGUGCGCUCAUCAGAAAAGGACUCCCUCCCAAGCUGGAAGAUCCUGGAAGUUUCUUCCUACCUUGCACACUUGGAAAUCUACUCAUCAACAAGGGGAUGUGUGACUUAGGAGCAAGCAUAAACUUAAUUCCAUCAUCAUUAGUGAAAAAUCUUGGCAUAGGAGAGGUAAAACCAAUACAGAUGUCUUUAUAA